AUGUACUUCCCGGAAAGAGGAGGCUCUACCCCCAACAACCUCAUAUCGCUUACAAUCAGAUUUUGUUCAAAUCUGAGGCGGUUGCCAUUUUUUGAUCAGAAUAGUCAAACCCUUAGUGAGCUCACAAUAUAUGAUUGUCCACGUAUUAUGACGUCCUUUCAUCAAGGGAAUUGGAAUUUGCCCCCCAACCUAAUCAAACUUACUAUUGGUGAUAAUGGGAAAUUAGAGAAGCCCUUGUCGGAGUGGGAUCUGCAAAGACUCACCUCUCUUCGACAUUUCGAAAUUCGUGGUGGAUAUCCAGAGCUGGUCUCCUUUCAUCCUCCUGAUCUGCUUCCUUCAACUCUAACCUCAUUAUGGAUCGAGAAGCUGCCGAAUCUGGAAUCCAUACCAUUGAAGGCCCUCCAAAAUCUCACCACUCUUCAACAUCUAGCCAUCUCUCACUGCCCUAAGCUUCGAUCCUUGCCAAAGGAAGGCCUGCCUUCCACACUUCUAAGUCUUCAGUUGGUUCGUUGUCCACAUCUUAGAGAACGAUGCCAAGGUGACUACUGGCCCAACAUUGCCCACAUCCCCUACGUCAAUUUAGAUGCCCUGUUCCCCCAACAUAUUUAG